AUGACAGGAGGACUGGCCGACCUUGCCAUGCUGCCCGCGCCGGUGGCCCAGUCUGAUGACGGCAAGGAGAAGAAGGGCAGGCAGGCCCUGUCGCUGAGCACGAACACCGGGCGCGCGCUGAUCGAGACCAUCGACUUCCCCAACUUCCUGGGCACCAUGGUGUCGAUCAUCCUCGAUACGUGCAAGGGCUACCCGCCCCACAACGACGACGUGCAGAUCGUGGACUACGCCAUGCAGCUGUUGAUAAACUCCAUCGUCUCCAAGCCGGCCCACCUGAAGGACUUCUACGAGUACGGCCUCGCCGCCAAGGAGCGCGAGAUCAAGGGGCGCAAGGACAAGGCUGCUGGUACCGUCACCAUCACCCUUCCCGAGGGCGAGCAGGCGGCGGAAAUGACGCCCAUCGAGGACUUCAUCGUCAACGUCACGCUGGCCCACUACGAGCAGAAGGUCCGCAAGGCCGCGUCUGCCAACUUCAACGUCCUCUGCUCCCAGUACCCCGACGAGUAUGCAGUGGCCGAGGGAUUGAGGUUCUUCCUGGAUCUCCUGCUGCGCCACAUCCCGCCCGAGGGCUCGAUCAAUUCCACGUGCGACCAGUUCUUCGACCUGCUGAGCCUGCUCAUCGAGAGAUACUUCAAGGAGCACCCCAACGGUGCCGAGGUGUUCUCCAAGUUUGAGGGCCUCUUCUACUCGACCAUCGACCGCAUCAAGAACCACCCCGUCCAGGAGGAGACCCGCGACGGUCCUCCCGAUCAGCUGCUGAUCGGCUUCUUCAACAUCGUGAGGACUCUGCUUCGCGAGAAUUCCGCCAUCAAGAGGAAGGUCGCCGCCAAGGAAGGGUUGAACAUGAUCGACGAGCUGUGGAAUCGUUGUCUGUUCCCGCCGCCUCCCACGUUCGCCUCGUCGCGUAACACGCUGAACAUCAAGUGGAAGGAGGAGAACAAGUGCAAGACGUCUCAGACCAGAGAAAGGGACUCGCCCGAGAACGCCCACGAGAUCUUGCAGCUCAUCGUGCCCAACCACACCAAAGAGCUCGAUUUGACCACCUGGGAACGGCCGUCGGGCAAGAACUUCUCGGGCUUUGUGGGCUUGCGCAACCCCGGUUGCAUUUGCUACAUGAACUCCCUCCUCCAGCAGAUCUACAUGACACCCACGCUUCGCUAUGGCCUGCUCUCCUCCAAGAUCACCGUGUCUGAGGCGGCCGAGAACGUGCUGAUGCAGCUGAAGAACAUGUUCUGCCACCUGCAGCACAGCGAGAGGCAGUUCUACGAUCCGACUGAGACCUUCUGCAAGGCCUUCAAGGACAGGGGCGGCAACCCGAUCGACCUGCACAUGCAGCAGGACGCGGAGGAGUUCCUGCGCCUUCUUUGCGAGAGGCUCGAGGAGCAGCUCAAGGGCACAGAAUACGAGAAACUGCUCAACAACUUCACUGGAGCCGAGUCGCAGAUUCUUCAGUGCCCCAACAACCCCUCCCAUUUCUCGGAGAGAGAGGAUCCCAUCUCCGUCAUCUCCAUUGAGAUCAAGGGCAAGGCGAACCUGCAGGAGGCUCUGUCGUACUACGUGCAGGGCGAGCAGGUCGAGUGGAAGUGCGAGCAGUGCGGCAAGGUGGUGGAGGCUGCCCUCAAGAGGCUCUCGCUCAAGAAGCUGCCCAACACGCUCAUCAUCCACUUGAAGCGGUUCGACUUCGACUACGCGACCAUGCUCCGAGCCAAGCUGUCGAACCUGUUCGAGUUCCCCAUGGACUUGGACAUGGAGCCCUACACGACCGAAGGCAUUGCCAAGGCCGAGGCCCGCAAGAAGCGGGAGGAGGACAGGAGCGGCGGCGAACAGGCCGAGACCCAAGAAGAAUUCAAUCCGAGCAACUCGUUCAACGACUCUUUGGAGUUCUCGCGUUCCCAUGACUACUACCAGUACGAGCUCGUGGGCGUGCUCGUUCACUCAGGCACGGCGGAGGCCGGUCACUACUAUUCGUACAUCAAGGAGAGGACUUCGGGCAGCGGCAAGUGGUAUCUGUUCGACGACAAGCACGUCGCCCCGUGGGACCUCAAGGACCUGAGAGAUGAGUGCUUCGGCGGUGAGCAGGUGUCGACUUCGUACAACAGCUCCUACUUCACCUCCAAGCAGCCCAAGCUCAAGAACGCCUACAUGCUCUUCUACCAGCGAAAGCACCCCGAGCCUGAGGAGUUCCCGAUUCCUGACGAGCUGAAGGUCCACUACAAGGACGAGGCGAGCGCCAAGAUCUUUGAGCUCGGUCCCAACAGCGCCGGCAACAAGGGCGAUCAUGGUCAGCAUUCCGAGGAGGGCAAGGGCAAGGAGAAGGCCGUCAUUGUCGAGGAGGCCGCGCACGCCUCGAAGGAUGCCGGAGAGGACAGCACUCCCGGCGGCGCACAGUUCCUCUCCCCGACGACCGUGUCGCGCCCCGUGUCCAAGUCCCCGUCGAUCUACUCGCUGGCAUCGGCGUCGACGCUCACGCCCUCGCCUUCGCUUUACUCGAUCUCGUCGGCCACCGGUUCCGGCUCGGACUCGUCGCUCUCGCUCAAGCGCUCGCCCUCCCUGUGCUUCGACCUCUCGCGCUUCGGUGAGAAGGACCUCGACUCCCUCUUCGCCCAGAUCAUCCCCGACGAGGUCCUCCAGAGCGUGUGGGAGGAGAACCACAAGGUCGUCAGGGACAGGCAGCAGUUCGACAGGGAGUACCUCGAGUUUGUUCGCGACAUUCUCUCCCUCAUCACCCUGCCGCCGGUGCACGAAUUCAAGGAGCCCUCGGACGACGAUCCUUCGUUCCUCGUGAUCAAGAUGGCCACCUUCUUCGCAUUGGACACGCUCGUGCGCGCACGCGAGGAGAAGCUCUACGUGUCCUUCAUGAAGAUCCUCAAGAACCUCUACACCCAGCAUGCAUCCCGUUGGUUGCUGGUGAGCCUGAUGGACCAGCACAAGAAGUGGUACCGCUACCACAUGCUCGACUGCCAGGACCAGUACGUGCGCGAGGGCUUUGCCGAGCUGCUGGCCGCCCUCCUCAAGACCGUGGCCGUCCACGAGUACGAUAUCAUGGCCAAGGAGAGGCAGGAGAGAAUGGCGCAGAUCGAGGUGUCUGGUUUCCCCGCCCCCGAGGCCGAGCCCCAGUACACCUACAUCUCGCAAACGCUCAACGUCCGGUUCAUGGAGUACCACAUCGCCCUGUCCGAGGCGACGCGCCCCGCGUGGCGACGCUUCCACCAGUACUGGGCGCUCAUCAGGGAUUACGGUUCUGCCGGGCACGAGGAGCGCAUGUACUUGGUGGGUCGAGGCAUGAUCGGCAUCCUCGUCGACUACUACAUGGGCGAGUUCUCGCCGUACAGGAAGGGGCAGUCCAGGGUCAAGAUCGGCGACAAGGCCGAGGCUCUGGCGACAUGCGUGCGUGGUAUGGCCACGGAGGGCUACCGGGCGUCGAACCGCAAGCCCGAAACCUGCUUCGCCGAGGACGACGAACUCGCCCUGGCGACCCCUCGCUGCCUUGCGCUCCUCUACAACAGGGAGUUCUAUGUGAGCUUGCUGAAGCAGGGCUACAACGUCAACACCAACCUGAUCAUCAACGCGCACAUCUCGUGGGAAGACGAGGACCGCUCCUACUGGAUCAUGGACAUCAUCGCGACCCACAUCUCGCGCGUCGGCCCCGACCAGACCGACCAUUUCAUGCGCGUGCUCUAUGGCAUGAUCUCCAUCAGGGACUCCCUGCAGCAGUGGCGGAUCCGAAUGCUCCUCGGCACCAAGGCUUAUACGGGGUUGGUGGCGGUGGCAGCUGGCGGCCUGUUGGACGCUGGCAACAAGCGGAACGGUCUGUUCAUGAUCGCGGUCGCCCAACUCCUGGUCAACACCAUUCACACCAUCCCCCUCGCCGCUACCUUCUUGUACAGAACCAGAGAUCAGUGGAGGUGGCUGGAGCACUUUUUGUCGGAGCCCGCAGGCAGCACCACCACCGACUGGGGCCAGUACGAAGCCCUCAAGCCGCAAAAGGAGAUGGCCGAGCUCGGGGCCAGGUUGGGCCUUUUCCUCGCGGGCGAGGAUCCCGAGGCCGCCCUGUGCGAGUGGGACGAGGCGCUGGACGACAUCCCAAGGAAGGACUGCUUCGUUGGCGAAUAA